AUGGUAUCAAAAGGCCAUGGUAAUGGACAGCGUAAGAAAGGUAAGAAAGGAACUAAUAAUCUUUCCGCAGGUCAAUAUACAACACCACCACCACCACCUGUUGCCACAACUCUUCCACCAGCUACUACAAAUAUUCUUCCUCCACCAAGGGCAAAUAUUUCACUACCAAAUACAUUUUUCAUGCCCCCACUGCCCCACCACCUUUCUGGAUUGAGAAUUGGAGGGGUUUGCACAUCAACAUCGCCAUUUAUUGAUAGUGCUACAGCAUCUAAUGCCACAACACCUGCUUUCCUGAUUCCGAGAUUUAAAGAGGUAGUAGAAUAUGACGGCAACAAUAGGCUAAUUAUCGCCCGUGAUGGUGGUAAUGGGUUCAUUUCCAUGUGUAGUGGCGGAAAUAUGAUUAUAGAAGCAAUUAAACCAUUUUACACGGAGCCAUGGGGUAGUUGGAACGAGAUUAAACUCGACGUCAGAGUUCUUAUGUGGAACCAAUUUAUAACAAAGUGUGCAUGGAAUUCUUGUCAUGAAAAUGAAAUACAACACAUUUUUAAGCUCAAAGAAGCUCUACGAAUCAAAGAACACUUAUAUGAGGCCCGAAAGAACUUGAAAAAAACUAGUUGGAUGAAUGCUGAUGUGUGGGACCAGUUCUUCGUAAAAUGGGAUACUCCUGAAUUUAGGGUGAGGAGGGAAUGGGCAAAGGUAAAUAGAGCGUCUGAAAUGGGUGGCUCAUUGCGUACAGGAGGUUCGAUGAGUUUCACUACCCACCGACGAAGACUGCAUGCCAUGCCGUAA